GCCAAAAAAGUCGAAAUUCUUGAAACGAAGCUUCCUGGAAGUUGCCAUGGCACUCACUGCUCCAACGCUCCAUUUAAGUGAACCACCUUCGUCUCUCCUUCUCCUCAACCCCCCAUUGCUUUCUCCUCCUCUUCCUUCUCCUCUUCCUCCUCCUCUCUUUUUCUCCACCCAUUUCGGUUUCUGGCGCCCUCUGUUGUUCCGCCAUGAAACAGUUCAUCAAAGCAAUCAGUCCCAAACGCCUGUUCCGAUCCAAAAAGGACCGAUCUAUUGUCUCCAGAUCCGACCCUUCAUCGUAUAGCUAUGGUGCGACAUCGUCUUCGUCGUCGGACUCUUCUGUUUCCAACCAUAAGCGUGAUUCGAGAGGCGGUGUGGUUGAUUUCGGAACGCCUACCAGUGUUCUCCCCGAAAUAACGGUUGACUGGUCAGAUAGCUCCUGCGAUAUUAAUUCAGAGCUAGUUCAGGCGUUUAAGCUGAUAGACAGGGAUAAUGAUGGGAUUAUUUCAAGGAACGAGUUAGAGGCGUUGUUACUCCGAUUGGGAACCAAGCCCCCUAGCCAAGAGGAGGUGGCGACGAUGUUGAGAGAGGUGGAUCACGACGGCGAUGGUUACAUAAGCGUGGAGGCUCUAAUGAGCCGGAUCGGCUCGCCCUACGACCCAGCGGCGGACGAUGAGCUGAAAGUGGCUUUUGAGUUCUUUGACACGGAUCAGGACGGGAAAAUAACAGCCGAGGAGCUACACGAAGUUUACAAAGCACUCGGGGACGAGCGGUGCACGUUAGACGAUUGCCGGCGCAUGAUAGAAGAGGUCGAUAAGAAUGGGGAUGGGUUCGUAUGCUUCGAGGAUUUUUCACGCAUGAUGGAGCUUCAAAGAUGAUCAUGGUUAAAUCGAGAUCGUGUGAUGUUGGUGCUCUUGAUUAAUGUCUUGAUUUUUUUUUUUUUUGUCCUUUCUAAAUUUCCUUUUAAGAAUGAAUUGAUCUGGUUUGGAGUACUUUAGAUGGAGAUCAGAUGAGAUCCAAAUUAAACCAUGAUAUUCCCCAGUAAAUAAUUUUCCUAUCAAUUAUUGAAAUAAUCAUCAUAUUUUCAACA